GGUUCGUGAUUCCCACAGCUCGGUCGGAUGAGGAGUGAAGUGUUCGUCAGGGGUGGAUGAAAGCGACAGAGAGAGAGAGAGAGAGAGAGAGAGGGAGAAAAGGGGGAGGCACCUGUGAGACGGAGCUACCGUGGUGUCAAGUUUACGUUAAUCACGGCUCGGUUCAGUUUCAGACAUAUUUGUCAAGCGCAGGGAGUCAUCAUCGGAUCAGCUCCAGCCGCCGCUGACACACAAAUUAUGACUACGUGUUGUUGUCACGGACUUAACGCGUGAGGUGAGCUGUGACUGUCCCCUUCUUCGUCUCUCUCUCUGUGCACCUGCAUGUACUGUGGGCAGCCCCGGCCUAUCGGAGAGACUGUGCUGCACUAGGACAAACCCAUGGCUUCUGGCCCUCCAUCUUCCUCUGUAGGCCGCAGGCUUAGGCUGCUGGAGUUGCUACUUUGUCCUCUGUUGGUCUUACUGGUGUCUGGGCUGGAACCCGUGCUGGGUCAGAAGGUCUACACUAACACAUGGGCUGUCCACAUACCUGGAGGUCAGGAGGAAGCCGAUCGAAUUGCCAGCAAACAUGGGUUCAUCAACCAUGGACAUGUAUUCGGUGACUAUUAUCACUUCAGGCAUCGUACAGUGGUGAAAAGAUCUCUGUCAGAUCACAGGGGGACACAAGUCCGUCUACUAAAAGAUCCGAAGGUGACCUGGGCAGAGCAGCAGGUGUCUAAACGGAGGAAAAAGAGAGAUGUCUACGUGGAACCUUUUGAUCCCAAGUUCAGAGACCAGUGGUACCUGUACAACAGCAACCACCGUGACUUGAAUGCCAAAGCUGCGUGGCAGCUGGGCUACACAGGUAAAGGGGUGGUGGUGUCUAUCCUGGAUGAUGGAAUAGAGAAGAACCAUCCUGACCUGAUGCAGAACUAUGACCCUGAUGCCAGCUACGAUGUAAACGAUGGUGACCCAGAUCCUCAGCCUCGAUACACACAGCUUAAUGACAACAGGCAUGGAACACGAUGUGCAGGAGAAGUCGCAGCAGUAGCCAACAAUGGGAUCUGUGGCGUCGGUGUGGCCUACAAUGCCAAGAUUGGAGGUGUGCGUAUGCUGGACGGUGAGGUGACUGACAUGGUGGAGGCCCAGUCUCUCAGUCUGAAUCCCCAACACAUCGACGUCUACAGUGCCAGCUGGGGCCCAGAGGAUGAUGGUAAAACUGUCGAUGGACCUGCCAAACUCGCCAAAGAAGCCUUUUUGCGUGGAGUUACAGAGGGUCGUGGUGGUUUAGGCUCCAUCUUUGUGUGGGCUUCUGGGAAUGGAGGAAGGGAGAAGGACAGCUGUAACUGCGACGGCUACACCAACAGCAUUUACACCCUAUCCAUCAGCAGCUCCACCCAGAACGGCAAUGUCCCCUGGUACAGCGAGGCCUGCUCCUCCACCCUCGCCACCACCUACAGCUCGGGGAACCUCAACGAGAAACAGAUAGUGACUACAGACCUGAAAUCAAAAUGCACAGACUCCCAUACAGGCACCUCUGCCUCCGCCCCGCUGGCAGCCGGGAUCAUCGCCCUCGCCCUUGAGGCCAAUAAAAACCUGACCUGGAGGGACAUGCAACAUCUGGUUGUACGAACUUCUCACCCAGCCCACCUGCUCACCAAUGACUGGAGAACCAAUGGGGUUGGACGCAAAGUCAGCCAUUCAUAUGGAUAUGGUCUACUUGAUGCCAGUGCAAUUGUAGAACUGGCAAAGACGUGGACCAGUGUGGGGCCGCAGCGGAAAUGUGUGAUCACCAUGGUCAGUGAGCCAAGGAACAUUGGCAGCCAUUUAUCGAUUAACAAGAGUGUGGACGCCUGCUUCGGGACAGACAGUCAUGUGACCUCAUUAGAGCAUGUCCAGGCCCGGCUCACCCUGUCCUACAACCGGAGAGGAAACCUGGCUAUUCACCUGAUUAGUCCUGCCGGCACACGCUCCACGCUGCUCCACCCCAGGCCUCAUGAUUACUCAUCAGAGGGUUUUAAUGACUGGGCUUUCAUGACCACCCACUCCUGGGAUGAGAACCCCAACGGGGCGUGGACAUUGGAGAUCGAGAAUGUGGCUGGUGCCAGUGACUAUGGCACUCUGACCCAGUUCGUCUUGGUUCUGUAUGGCACUGGCUCAACAUCUUCCAGCUCCUCUGACAAGUCUCAGCCUGGCAAUGGCAACUGUAAGACUUUGGACCUGAGGCAGAUAUGCAUCGAGUGCGACUCCGGCUACUACCUCUUUCAGGAGGGCUGUGUUAAAGAAUGUCCAGGAGGCUUCUCAGUGGGCUCCCAGCCCCUCAACUACACAGUGGGAAACUCUAUACCACCAGCUUCCGUCCCAGCCUGCCUGCCCUGCCCAUCACCCUGCCUGACUUGCAGCAGCCUCAGCCCUCGGGCUUGCCUGUCCUGCCCCCCUCAUAGCUCCCUGGAUGUCAUCUCUGGCACCUGCCUGCACCUGAACCAGUUCAUGCGCGAGUCCCCUGGCAGCUUUAUGGUGGGCCAGGGGAACAAGGUAUCGGAUCUCCAGCAGAGCUCUCGCUUGCCCAUCACCAUCGCCGUGCUCAGCUGCAUAGCCAUCAUCGCCACCUUUGCUGGCAUCUUCCUAAUGCUGCAGCUGCGUUCAGGCGCACUCAUUAAGCUGCCCUCUCUGGAGGCUGGUGGCAGCCUCGCAGGCAGCUUCAGCCUUGGGGGAAAUAGGGUGGUGUCUUACCGUGGCAUCCCGACAGUGUGGGGGGAUGAAGAGGUAAAUACAGACUCCGAAAACGAAGAGUUUGACGUCCACAAUGAGAGGACUGCCUUUAUCAAAACACAAAGUGCUCUUUAAUGCCUUCCCCACGUCCCUCCUUCUCUUCUGCUUUCAAAUCCUCUCACCCCCACAUUUGUCUGAUAAUUCAGGGCUGUGGUAACUGUCCCUUCAGUCUUUUCUGGUUUUAUCUUUCUUCCCUCUGUUUCCGUCUUUGUCUUACCAAGUUCUCAUCUUGAGUCCUACUUCAGGAUCUAGUUUUCCACUCUGCUGUGGGAGACCUGAUGGGAAGCCGCUGUCUCUCAGAGCUCUCGGGAUGGCCCGAGCUUUGCUCUGUUCACACUUGGGCGCAUUUCUAUUAAACUGGCUCUCUCCCUCCUCUUGCCCUCAAUCACUAACAGUGUCUGUCUGUGCAGAGUCCAUUUUCCCCUCCAGCUCCUUUUUGUUACAGUAAACAAAUGAUUAUUAUUUGCUUUCUUCCUCUUUUUUUUUUCUCUUUCCAUCGGUCUCAGUGCAGUAGCCAGACGAGAUUGUCGAAUGCGAGGACCAGAGAUAUGCGUGUGUGCGUGCACAUGUCUGAAUGCCUGUGACUGUGUGAAUGUGAGCGUGUAAAUCUGAUAAACAGUGUAGCGCCCUUUAUAGAGAAGCUAAAGCUGGCCCUGUCUCAUUUAGUACUUUAACUUAAAUGCGAUAACAAAAAUACUAUUAUGAGGCAUGAAAUCGGAUUUGGAAACAAUGAUUCUCUCAAAAAUAUUGUUUAGUGACAUCAACAUCCAAAAUCGGCUCAGAAAAGCACCACUUAUCUGUAGUGAUUCACAUUUUUAAAGUGCAUUUUAAUGCACAGAAAGUGUAAUAGUCGGAAACUUUGACAGGUGACACAUUAUUCUAAACCAUUAGAGAAACAACAGACUGUCUGAGAGCUUUCUAAAUAUGUCACUCUUUUUUUCUUUUUAUGAUGAGACAGUGAUUUAUAUGUUAAUAAAAAAAAGCUCUCAUACAGUCUUUUUAAAAAUCUGUACACUUAUUGAUCUAAGUGUGACUUUAUUGUUCACAUAAUGUGGAAAGAUCGCUCUCAGCUCUGGCAGAACAAACUGUGAGUCACACAACUAGCAAAGCUUCCCCCAGCCUUUUGGGAUUCAAGAUGGACUUUCAUUUAUUCCAGUUUGGAAACUAUGAAUUUUUCUGCGCUUAUAAAAUGAUAUCCAUCACAUUGAAACCACAUCCAAAAAAGAGAGAUACAUUUAAAGAAGUAAAAAAAAAAAAACACACAGGCUAGUCUAUCAACCCUGAGGCACAAUGCCUUCCAGGGAUAUUUAGUUUCUGUGUCUGACGUUCUCACAUCCCACGGGCUGAGAGAGAAGCAGCCGAGGUGCUGAUGGGACCCAGAACAAUAUGUGACCGCUGAGCACAAGAGCUUCUCACAGCAGCUGGCAGGUGUUGAGUUACCUGUGAUUGAUUUCUUCAUAGAGCAGACGCAUAACAACACAUCAGUGCUUUCCCCCCCACCCUUUUUUUUUACACAUUAGCACUACAAACACACACUUUAUAUCAUGACUGUACUUUGUUAAUGUGUGUGUGUGGGUGUUUGUGAGUUAGUUUACUGCAUAUAAUGUUUAUUUGCCCUACGACGUGAGGGUUUCUUUUCCCCCUUCGGCUUUGCUCUCUUCUUCAAGUCUUGAAUACUGUUGAGAAAUCCUGCCUCGAGACCUCACAUGCCAUCAUAGCCUCGGCACUUACCCUCCUGUCUUCAUCUAAUCUGAAUUUCAGAUUAUCUCUUUAGUGUAUCUCUUCAGCGAAUUAAUUAUAAUCUGAAUGAUACUGCAGCAACUAUUUAUUCUGAGAGAUUUUAAUCAUACCUUUAGGGAAGAUUGUUUAAAAGUGAUUUUUUUUUUUCUCACGGGCUGGCUGUUGCAUCUCAUGAUUUAAUCCAGAGUAGCCGUAUUUCUACUAUGUUGAAAUUAUUAUGAUUUUUUUCCAUUUCCAGUACAAAAAACAGUGGAGCUUGCUAGAGAGGUUGUCAUGGUGAUGACAUGCAUAGAAAACUGCAGCUGCUCAUCCUUUUAUCUACCUCUCAUAUCAUUCAGCAAGGGUUCAUACUCUGUUAGAGGAGCUGUUAAAUGAUUAUAGAGGUCAAAUUAUAUGUAGGUGCACUUCUCGGGAACCAUUUAGGGGGAUGUAAGUCAAAUUUAUGUUUUUAGAAAAGAAACAAGCAAUUGCAAUUCAGAAACUGUAAAGCUGCUGAAUAAAUUCUAGUCUCCUGAAACUCCUAUCUCCUAAAAUGCAUUGCCUUUAGGUUCAGCAUUCAUGGGCAGGUACACCUGGGCUUUAAAACCAGUUAUUGAAAAUAAAAUGGGUAGACAGAUUGUCCAUAGAUCUUGUUGGCCAGCUUUUAAGUGCUAAAUCAACUGGGUGUUUGUUUGUUUUUUGUUUUUGUUUUUUUGCCUCACCUUUCAUACUCAGUUCUUACCUGGUCGGCUCCUACAGGAGUGAAGACCUCUUUGUCACUGACAAUCAUACGUUUUCUUGUUUGGAGGGUGAGAAGAUACACAAACACACAAAACAAAUCGAUUUCAAUUUAACCACUUUUGUUGGAAACCCUGCUUGGAAGGUAUUAUUCAUAAAUAUGCAGCGCUGAAUGUCAUUUAAAUUGCAAAAGUGUGUUCAGAGAGAGCACAUGGCGCUCAAACGCAGCACUGAGCCAGGAAGCUUAAUUCAUCUCAGAUGGCCGGUGCAGGUGUAGCGCAUUUGGCUUAUCGCUGCAGUUUCAGCCAGGAAACAUUAAACUGGUUUGGAAACCAACCCGAGAGCGUGGAUUUAGAGAAGUGCCCUCUAAAGGAACAAAGAUAAUGUGGCUACAGAAUAACGAGUGUGUGUUGCAUCGCUUUGUGUAAUGUACAUUAGUGCCUACUGCCAUUUAGAUUAAGCCCCGGUUUAAGGAGGGUGCUAAUUUAAAAAUGUAAUAACUCCAGCCUUAGAUUUGAGCCACAGAAUCUUAUUGACUUCCCAGCUUGGUGCGAAGUGUGUAAACAACAGAUAAUGGGCUAAUGCAGCGCCAAAAUUGCUUCCAUAAAUUAUUUUCUUAAACUCUGAAUGCUUUGCAUUUUUAGAAGAACUAUAAUGUGGAAUUCUAGACCAAUUUGUUGCCAUUAGUAUUGACUAAUUGAUGCUCAGUCUUGUCAACAUUAUCCAUUGUGCGUCUUGCCUUCCAAAGCAUUUUAAUUGUUUCCAGAAAGAAUAAAGUUUCUCCUGCAACUUUCUUGGGGUGUUCAGAAAAAGUUCCUGUAGCCCCGUUGAGCACACACACAUACACAGAAUGAUUCAUUCAUCUUAGCUCGAUGUUGGAUUCACUACAGCUUGAAAACUCUUAGAAACUUUAAACUGAUCAACUCUGAGCGUAUGUGCUUUCAAGUGUUCAAGAAAAUCAGGAAUGCAGGCAGCAUUAAGUAGCUGGUGCUUCCAAAGCAUCACAGAGCUGCUGCUGAAAACCAUUAGCAGCCAUCUCACUCCUUCACUGCAAGUGUGCGAUGGAAACUACACACAAAAAAAUAAAAGAGGUUCUCUAAUUGUGCUGGAAAGAAGCUUGUCAUUAUGAAGCUGCCACUUCACCGGCAUUGAAGCAUGAAGCCCUUUCAUGUAGAAAACAACGAAAUGGGAGGAAUGUUACAAGAAAAAUUACAUCGGUGGCAAAUUAUCUCUUGGCUUUUAAGAACAGACUCGCUCGUGGGAUUGAUGGAGGCUUUUUCUUUAUACAGCUAUUUAACAUGGAGCUCAAUGUUGCUUCAGUCCUGCCUUAGGAUGUAGUCUGAAGUGAUCAAUAUGAAGUCGGAUGAAGUUAAUAGGAGCAAUAUCUUUGGCAUAACCAAAGACAAUCAUUUUAAUGCUGUCUGUUUAGUGUUCUGAUGUGUUGCUUUCAGGUUGUCACAGUCCAUCGACCCCCUUCACUUGUGUUUGUUUAUCAUUUUGCCUUUUGUUGUUGUUGUUUUUUUUUUUGUUUUUUUUUGAAGACCUGCAGUGGCACCCUGUAUGUUCAGCAGCUGUGGAGGGAGGAGGUAGAAUGUAUCCCAUCUCCAUUAACUUAAGGGCUGAAUCAGAUCUGCGUGCGUCUGUGUGUGCACAUGCUUGUUUUAAGUAUAAAUGAAACACUUUGUGAUGAUGGAAAGGGGGAUUGGGGUGAGAGGAUGGAUGUGGUUAGUGGAGCAGCUUCAGAUGACUCUGUUGACUUCCUCCUGCCUCUUCGUGAGGCCCCUGGCCUGUGGCUGCACACAGUACCUUACAGAUUUGUGACCUAUGAAUAAUGUACAAGAAUGACUAUCUUCAUAUGGGACAUAACUCUAAAAUAAGGCCUAUUUUUGUACUAUAUGAAUGGUGCAGUGUAAUUUUCUUGUAAUUUAAAGAUUUUUUUGCUCUUGUUUUUCUCCUUUUUAUUUAAUUGAUGUCAAUUAUAGAUUCUACUAAAAAUAAAGAUCUAUGCAAAUUUGAA